GAGAGAGGAGUAGAGAAAAAAGAAAAGAAGAGAGUUGUUCCUAAACCAACCAUUCAAAAUGAUGCGUAUUAUCUUCCUCUUAUCUCUCCUCUUUGCUCUAUCCAAUGCCUCUGUUCAAGACUUCUGUGUCGCAAACCUGAAACGUGCUGAAACCCCUGCGGGUUACCAGUGCAUUCGUCCCAUGCAUGUCAAAGCUAGUGACUUCGUCUUCUCAGGCUUAGGCACUCCUGGAAACACUACAAACAUCAUCAGCGCUGCCGUCACUCCCGGUUUCGUUGGUCAGUUCCCAGCUCUGAACGGUCUAGGCCUCUCUACGGCUAGACUUGACCUAGCUCCAAAAGGUGUGAUCCCAAUGCACACUCACCCUGGUGCCUCUGAGGUUCUCUUUGUCCUUGAUGGCUCCAUUACUGCUGGGUUUGUCUCCUCUGCAAACGCUGUCUACCUGCAGACGCUUAAACCGGGACAGGUCAUGGUUUUCCCACAGGGCUUACUUCAUUUCCAAAUCAACCAAGGAAAAACUCCUGCUGCAGCCUUUGUCACUUUCAGCAGCGCUAACCCUGGUCUGCAGAUUCUUGAUUUCGCACUCUUUGCUAACAAUCUUCCCACUGACCUCGUCGUGGGUACUACUUUCCUUGACGCUGCUACAGUCAAGAAGCUCAAGGGUGUUCUUGGAGGAACUGGUUAAAAGAGACUUGGAACUCCUUGACUAAAACAACAACACAUGUUCUUCUUCUUUUUCUCUUUGAUGGAUUCUUGUCAUCUCUGUUUUGUGUUCCUUGUAAUUCUUCAAAACCUGUCAACGUAAUUACAUUGUAUGUGAGCUUCUUCUUUUUUUAUCAUAUAAAAUCCUGAGUUGGUCACACUGCU